AUGGGACCUUUGGCAGUCAAAGGCCAUCUCUGCACGCGCCAAAGCCUAGCAGAUGAUUUAAGAAGACUCGGUAUCAAGCAGGGCGAUAUCAUCCUGCUUCAUUCUUCGCUCAGCUCCCUUGGCUGGGUAUGCGGUGGAGCCGAGGCUGUUGUGCUAGCUUUCCUCGACGCCAUCGGAAAUACGGGUACGUUGGUUGUACCCACACAGUCUGGAGACAACUCAGAUCCCCGAGAAUGGAAGCAUCCUCCCGUUCCGCCAGAGUGGCAUCAAGUGAUACGCGAGUCAAUCCCAGCCUAUGAUCCACAGACUACUCGCACCCGCGGCAUGGGUGUUAUCGCAGAAACUGUCCGCACAUGGCCCAAUGCGAUUCGCAGUGCCCAUCCACAGACCUCGUUCACGGCAAUCGGUCACCAUGCAGCCGAAUCGGUUUCUGGGCAUGCUCUGGACUGUCGGUUUGGUGAGAAUAGUCCACUCGCUCGGUUGGAAGCUUUGAAUGCGCGCGUUGUCUUACUGGGCGUGGGCUUUGAAAGCUGUACUGCGUUCCAUUUGGCUGAAUGUCGGCUCCCGGCUUCUCUGGAGAGUAACUCAUUCGCAGUCACUACGCUCAAAGGGAGAGAGUGGAUGACGGUCGAAGACACAGUGGUCUCGGGCGAUAUGUUUGAUUCGCUUGGUUCCGACUUCGAAAAGGAAAUGCGGGUCGCGCGGCAGACAGUUGGCGGCGCACCUACGUAUUUGUUUCCACUCAGGGAGGCUGUCGAAUUCGCCGGAUCAUGGCUAAAAGAUCAUCAUCCUACUUCGGCAUAG